UCAUUAUUCAAACAUGCUUCUGCUUUUUUUGGUGGUUGAUUUUCAGGUUCGGUGAUUUUGUAACUCUUAGGAACAGAAAUUCCAGGAAAUAUUUGGCGUUGUCCAACUCCACGGGAUACUUUAAUGGGACGGUCACGAAACCACUUGUACAAGUCGACAGUAUCACAAAUUAUGACGGACUCUUUCAAAUCAAGUCUGCAGAUGACGAUUCCUCAACAAUAGGAACUCCGUUAGUGUAUGGUCAGAGCUUUAAACUCGUGACUGUGGAGGGUGAAAAUCUAUAUACCGGAAGAUUAUAUAUUGAUGACGUAAGCAAAGCCUCGGAAAAUAAACUUAAAACUGUUUUUGAUGGACAGGAUGGUAGAAAAUUUUCAGCUCCUGGAGACAUCACCGAUUUCUCUGUCUUCCUAAGAUUGGACAAAGAUCGGUCCUAUUUGAUUAGUUUGCAGUUUUAUUGCAGUAGAAUGUCUUUAGAAUAUCAAGUGAAUCUAGAAGGAACGGAAGGGGCUGCUAAGUUUCAAAUGAAAAAUCUUUGUCCAUAUAAAGAUAGAUAUCAGAGGGGCAAAUGGUAUCAUGGAGCCUUCUCUGAUAAGGAUAUAGGUCAGCUUCAACGUGUACGCUUUAUGGUCAGUGCAUUUAUUCUAAAGAAAAA